CGGGAGGUUAAAGUCUAAUACUGGAGCUUGAAGUCUUAUCCGGGUAAUAUACGACCACCAGACCCUAAUUUUCCUCUCAAAAAUGCCACCGAUCAGCUUGUGGAUGGGCGAUCUGGAGCCGUACAUGGACGAGCCGUUCAUUCAACAGUCGCUAGCAGCGGUGGGAGAGACAGUAGUCAGUGUCAGGCUCAUCAGACAGAAAGGCACAAAUGUUCCUGCCGGUUAUUGUUUCAUCGAGUUCAGCAGCGAGCAGCAAGCCACAACAGCUCUCUCUCGCCUCAGCGGCAUUCCCAUUCCUGGCACUCAACCAAUGAAAAGGUUUCGUCUCAAUUGGGCAAACUCGGGUGCAGUCGGGGGAGUAGCACCACCUCCGGGGGCACCCGAGUUUUCAAUUUUUGUUGGUGACCUCACACCCGAUGUGACAGAUUAUCAGUUACAUGACUUCUUUGCACGGAGAUACACGUCUGUUCGUGGAGGAAAAGUCAUCAUCGACACGUCAGGUCACUCCAAAGGCUAUGGAUUCGUCCGUUUCUCGAGUGAAGACGAGAUGAAGCGUGCACUAGUAGAAAUGCAGGGAGUAACAGGAUGCGGAAGCAAAGCCCUCCGUCUCAGUCCCUCCAAUAGAUCAACAACAGGGCCAGGAGGCAGGCCGGUUACUGCACAACCAGUCAAUCCCAUUGAAAAGUAUCAACAGGCAUUGGAACAGCACAAGCAGAUGGUGGAAUGUAUGCAGCAGUAUCAGCAUUACCAGCAGUCGUUGAUUAUGGCGUCGUGGCAGACGUAUCAGCAGGAGCAGCACAAGCUGCUGGAAAGUGAGAGUACGAAGAAGCAAGGGAUUGAUGUGGAGGAUGUGGGAAGUGACCCUCAUGCGAUGAUAGAUCCAUGUGCUCCUGUUGAUGUAGAAGCCAUGAACAAAGACACGAUAGCUGCAUAUGCUUCAUGGAUUGAAGACGUCAUGUGUGCCCACUUCGGUCCCGUGGAACACACUAUAGAUCCAUUCAUUCCAUCACGAGAACUAUCAUAACAGCAAGUAAUGACAACACUAGCUCAUAUACGAUUCUCUCCAUACCUUCAGUCAGCACACUAUUGGAUAGUACAGUCAGCUGACUUCGCUCUCUGACAGCAUGCUGUCUCUACUGAAUGUGCAUGUCAUCUGUAGUUGAUAUCAAGUAUAAAUAUUGGAUAUAAUUUAGGUUAGUGUGAUGAGUCGUCGUUGGCAACUCGAUGUGUCUUGUAGUGUUCAAGU